UGCCCGCCAAGUGCCCCAGACUCCGUCCGUAUUCACAGACUCAUCAACUGACACGUCGAGCAUGAUCCCUAACAACGCUUGAAAAAUUCAUUGUAUCUCCGAUAACUUAAGUUCCGGCCGUGGAAAUUCAAAUAUCAAAUUCGGAAAUUUUUGUUAAAGAAUUUUUGCAAACAAGGAACGACGUAAAAUACACCAAAAUUUGAUUAGCUUUUGGAAGAGCGUAUCGGGGAGAGAAGAACAACAGAGUCGAAGCAGAGAGAGGACGAGAGAUUAUCGGGGCAUCAUCCAUGGUGGAGUAAUCAAGGCUCGUUAUUGGAUUUAUCACCAUAUCGUUAUUGGAUUUAUCACCUGUAGAUUCUCUUUCUCACGCUUCCACCUCCCAUCGGGUCCUCGACGACUCUUGUUCGUUGUUGUCGCCUUCCUUCUUCUCUCUCGUUAGUUUAUUGAAGGAAGGAGGAUUAUUGAUGAGGUAAGAUAGGGAGAGACAAUGGCGAAUUCAUCGACAAAGAGGUUUCCAGUCGAUCCGAAGGACUACGAAUUGUACGAAGAAGUUGGUGAAGGUGUCAGUGCCACCGUAUACAGAGCACUCUGCAUUCCGCUCAACGAAGUUGUGGCUAUCAAGGUCUUAGAUCUCGAGAGAUGCAGAAACGACUUGGAAAGUAUACGCCGAGAAGUUCAGCUGAUGACCUUAAUUGACAAUCCAAAUUUACUGAAGGCUCACUGUUCAUUCAUGGCAGGUAGCAGCCUCUGGAUUGUGAUGCCUUACAUGGCUGGUGGGUCUUGUCUUCACAUAAUGAGAUCUGCUCAUCCAGAAGGUUUUGAACAGCCUGUUAUAGCUACAUUGUUGCGGGAAGUACUCAAAGCUCUUGUUUACCUUCAUGCCCAUGGAAACAUUCAUAGAGAUGUUAAGGCUGGAAACAUACUAGUUGAUUCAAAAGGUGCAGUUAAAUUAGGAGACUUUGGAGUUUCAGCAUGCAUGUUUGAUAAUGGAGAUAGACUGCGUGCAAGAAAUACAUUUGCCGGAACUCCAUGCUGGAUGGCUCCUGAAGUUAUGCAGCAACUAAAUGGAUAUGACUUCAAAGCAGACAUCUGGUCAUUUGGCAUAACUGCUCUAGAGCUAGCUCAUGGUCAUGCUCCAUUUUCCAAGUAUCCACCAAUGAAGGUACUAUUAAUGACAUUGCAAAAUGCACCACCAGGUCUUGACUAUGAAAGAGACAAGAAAUUCUCAAAGUCAUUUAAAGAAAUAGUGGCUGCUUGCUUAGUGAAGGAUCCAAAGAAGCGUCCUACAUCAGCAAAGCUUUUGAAACAUUCAUUCUUUAAGCAUGCACGGUCAAGUGAAUUUUUGGCUCGCAAAAUGCUUGGUGACCUUUGUCCACUUGGUGACCGUUUUAGGAUGCUGAAGGAAAAAGAGGCUGACUUGCUUCUCCAAAAUAAAGGUAUAACUGGAGACAAAGAGCACUUGUCACAGCAAGAGUAUAUGCGAGGAAUCAGUGCAUGGAAUUUUGAUCUUGAUGAAAUGAGGAAGCAGGCUGCCCUUAUUCAGGAUGAUGAUAUUUCCAAUGUAGAAGAUCAAGAUUUGAAUGGAAAGGCUACAUAUGGGUCGGCCAAUCUAAAUGUUUCAUCUGAGCAUCUAUUGAUGGAAAGGUCUUCUAGUUUCAAAGCUCUGAAGUCUGUAUCUUCUCAGGAGGAUGUCACUAAUGGGCCUAAUAAUCAGUUUCAGGAAUGCUUACCAGCUCCAAAUGCUAUCCAUUUUCUUCAAGCUCUUGACAGAGAUCAAGUUGAUGUUCGUUUUGAUGAUAUCGGUGAUCAGAAAGUUCCUAGCAGCUUAAAUUCUGAAGAACCAGUGGACUUUUUCUCAAUUGAUGGAAGCCCAGGAAGAAAUAGAGUCAACUCGGAUACUUCAAAUGCUUUAGUCAACCAACCUUCAGGACAACCCGUAAAUUCAGUAUCUAGUGCAUGUGCCUCACUCCUUCCUUCAUUGCAGUCUCUUGUGCAGCAAACUGCAAUGCAGAAUGAACAACUGACAAGAUUGAUUAGAUAUGUAGAUCAAGCCACUGGUGGUCAUAACGAUUUUACAAAGGUAGGUGCGGAUGCUGAACGCUUACAGGUAUAUUUGAGGGAGAGAGAUUUACAAGCACAGUUGAUCUAUUUGCAACAAAGUGUGGGGAAACUUACAGACGAGUUGCAGAGGCAGAAGACAGCAAACGCUCAGCUUAAGAGACAGUUCGGUGCUUUGUCGAGGCUUAAGAGUCCGUAGGCUAUUUAAGUUCCUUACGAGGUAAAUUGUUUUUCUACCUUCAAUGAUGCAAGCGGUCUUUAAACUGCAAAUUGAGAUACCAUAUUUCUCGGAAUUAACUUUUUUUAUUUGCACUGUGGAAUUCACCAUUUGAUAUGUAUCUAACACAUUCUGAUUAUGCAUUAAGAGGGUUUAUGUUAAUUAGUUCGCCAUCAUUAUCAAA